GCCGUGGGAGCAGGCUGCCCCUGCACCUCCGAGGGGAAGGCCAAGGACCCGUGGUUGAAUUCAGCCGUCAAAUGCUGAAACUUGGGAACAUUUUUGUCAACACCUCCCACGUCUAUGAGGUGAAACUGAUGAACCGAGGAGCUAUAGAUGCUCCCUUCACCUACAUCCCUUCAGCCACAACCGUGGGCCGCUGCUUCAAGUUUGCCCCCGAGGAGGGCGUCAUUGCAGCAGGUGGGAUCCAGACGAUUCACAUCUCCUUCAAUGCCACCGUCCUGGGGAGCUUUGAGGAACAAUUCCAGUUCCGUGUGGCUGCAUCUCCUACGCCUGUGAUCCUGACAGUCUGGUUUUCCCCGCACCAUGACCUGUCGCCUCACUAACACCUCCCCGCUGGCCGUGACAUUCAAGCUCCGCAUGUCGGACGAUGGCACGCAGCCUGCUGUCAGCAGCUUGGAUCAAAUCUGCAAGGAAGGUGACCCAUCCUGGAGGAAGGGAAUUCAUUUUUAUGUGGAGCCAAGGGAGUUUACAAUGAAUCCCAGCCAAGGGACCAUCCUCCCCCAGGGACACCAG